AUGGCACAGCAGCUUCUGAAGCCUCGAGGCUUUGCUGCUCGCUCCCUACCAAGCCGACGGGUCUGUCACACACGUUUUCUCUCCGGGUUUACUCAUGUCGCCGCUGGUGCCAGGAGUGACAGCUACGACGCGGCCAGCUCCACAUUGGCGCCAUCCCAACUAUCGCGGUAUUUACUCGGUCGAGAUCUCGACAAUCAAGGAAACCCGACUGGCACACAGUGUCACGAAGAUGCCGAGUUUUUACUAAGGUUCCAAAACGUUCAAAACAUCAACACUAGAAGGCUACUAUAUCCAGACGGAUCACUCCUUGUCAUACAGCCUCCUGAAGAUUUGCAUAACGUAUCCAAUUUGCAAGACCUUCAAUUGUGGCUUGAAAAACAUGCAGCUUCUGGCUUUGUGGCCCCCAUUGACCGACAUUCUCUGAGAAUUGCUCUUAACAAAUGCGAAAAAUAUCACUCUUCUCAAGAGAUCUUAUCAACGUUAAACGCAUUCGCUCGCAGAUGCAACAAGUCCGGCAUAGCAGCACCCAACAUAAUCCACAUUGAAGGAUUACGAUGCGCUUCACAGAUUAUCCUACCUCCUGCCUUGCUUUACCAUGUCUCGAAAUUAUCAGGGCCGGUGCAAGGAGAUGACGCCGAUAUAAUCAUCAACAGCCUCCUGAAAACAUUACAAACCCUUCGGUUUAACGACUUGGAGUAUGAUAACGAGGUACUUCUAGCUGUAGUGGCAGGUGAAGGUCCCCAAGAGCAACUUUGCCCCGUGGCUUUAUUUGACAAUUUGUUGCUGAACGAUGAAUCUUAUUCUACGGCGAUUGAGCUCUUGCAAUUACUCGGCGCACCGCAGCGCCUAAAAACAAUAUCAGCCUCCCUUCUAGAACGUUUGUCGAAGAGUUCUUCUCCCGGCCUUGCCAAUGAUAUUUAUUCUUGUCUUUCGACGCUUCUCAAAACCGGCGAAGUUGAUCAUGUCCAAGUCUGUCUAAAGCCGCUGUUGCAGAUUAUGAAGAACACCAGCAAUAUCCAUGCUUCCUCGAGUGUAUCGUCGCAGCUAUUGGAUAAUUUAAAAAUUCAUGGCCUAGCCGAUAACUGGGACGUUGAAAGUUUGCUUCGUGCAGCGGAAGGUCAACCAACGAAGGAACAGGAUGGCGACGUGGGAAUUCAAAGCUUACAAAUGGAUGGAGAAACAAUGGAUUUUUCUUCAGUUGAAAGUUUGAUGCUUCAAAUCAACCAAUACGGCAAUUCCCUUUCCACAUCAGAGAUCGGUAUUGUCAUUGAUGCUCUCAGUGACUUCGAAGGCUUUUCUAUACCAUUAUUUACCCAUAGUCUAGAAAGCGGCAUCCAAGAGUUUGCUUGGCUCCCCAAAUGGAUUCCAGUGGCGAGACAAUCUGAGGAUCUCCCGGAUUCUUCUUCCGCAAUAGGCUUGCUUCGUGCUCGGAUAGCAUUUUCGGCUGAUACUCUCGUCACUCCAGAACGCAGUCGAAAUCUCUUUCAACUUGGAUAUCUCGUCCAGCGAGAACUUCUCUCGACGGAUGACAUUAAUUCUACAGGGGAAGUUUACGCAGAAGACUGGGUGCAGACAGGAUAUGUCGUGGCGUUCGAUCGUCUGUCGUCUGAAUUUGUUCUCCUCUUCGUAGGCGAGGAUUCUACCCUCUUCGGGUCUGACCAUCUCUCACCUACCGAUAAAGAUGUAACCGAGACGUUGCAGCAGCAUCCACUGAUCGGCUCUCUAUCGACUCUGACCAUGCCGAGCAGUCCGCAAGACUUCCACAGAGACAUCGAACAUGCCACUUUCCCUGUGGAGAAUGCCGGGUCUCGAUAUAUCUUUGAUAUUGACCCCAAGCUUCUUACAUAUUGA